GAGCAUAGAUGCCGUACCCCUACCGCUGCAUGGCAUAGCCCACAGAAAAUGAAAGCACUUUAAUUAUUCAUGACUGUUUUUAAAGUCAGAGGAUACAUCGGAUGUUGUCCACAAAAUGGAAGGAUUUUCCCCCGUCACAAAUAAAAUAAAAUAAAAUAGAUGUUUUAGGGACAGCAAGCUUUGUGAGCAUCAGGAUACAUUUAUGACUUUUCUUUUUUCCAUUUAUUUGUUAUGGCUUUAGUAGUGUAUCUAAAAACGGUUACGCAGCUCCGUGGGAAAGGGGACCGAAUCGCCAAAGUGUCGUUUCGAGGCCUGUCUUUCUACUCCAGGGUGCUGGAGAACUGUGAGGAUGAAGCUCGAUUUGAGGAGGUUUUCCGUUGGCCAAUUGCCAGUAAAGUGGAUGGCAAUGAGAUGCUGGAGAUCCAGGUAUUCAACUACAGCAAAGUCUUCACUAACAGAUUGAUUGGCACCUUCUGUAUGGUAUUGCAGAAGGUGGUGGAAGAGGGCCAUUUAGAGGUGUCUGACACUCUUACUGAUGACAACAAUACAGCUAUCCAGACAAGUGUCUCCAUAGAGAUCAGGUACCAGCUGAUGGAUGGGAGUGUGCAGGUGUGGAGCGAUGGGGAGUUCCUCGACGUGCCGACUGACCGUGAUGGGAUGUUCCAGUUUGAGACAGAAAGCCUGCUUUCGGCACACAGCCAGAGCUCUGGGACUUCUCCAGGACGCUCGAGUCAUGCUAUCCCUGCAUUCAGGAAAGCAGGGAAGGGGGUGUUUUCAGCCAUGAAGCUCGGAAAGGUGCGCAGCUCCAAAGAUGACCACAAGAAAGGAGAUGAUCCUGCCAUCUUGGAAGCUGAGGAUCUUGAUCGCAAAGCCAUGCGUCUAGCGGGCGGGCUUGAUCCAGACACAGUCUCACUGGCCUCUGUCACUGCUGUAACCACCAAUGUCUCUAAUAAGAGAUCAAAGCCUGACAUUAAGAUGGAACCCAGCUCAGGAAGACCCAUGGAUUACCAGAUUAGUGUGACAGUAAUUGAGGCUCGGCAGCUGGUGGGUUUGAACAUGGAUCCUAUGGUGUGUGUGGAAAUCGGGGAGGAGAAGAAAUACACAUCCAUGAAGGAAUCAACAAAUUGUCCAUACUACAAUGAGUACUUUGUGUUUGACUUCCAUGUUCCGCCAGAUGUUAUGUUUGACAAGAUCCUGAAGCUGUCUGUAAUUCAUUCUAAAAACCUACUGCGAAGUGGUACAUUGGUGGGCACCUUUAAACUGGAUAUAGGAACAGUCUACUCACAACCUGAGCAUCAAUUCUACCACAAAUGGGCCAUGUUAUCUGACCAUGAUGACAUCACUGCAGGGUGCAAAGGCUAUAUAAAAUGUGACAUAGCAAUUAUGGGGAAAGGUGACAAUAUAAAGACUCCUCACAAGGCCAAUGAGACAGAUGAUGAUGACAUAGAAGGGAAUCUCCUGUUACCUGAGGGUGUUCCAUCAGAAAGGCAGUGGGCCCGGUUCUAUGUGAAGAUCUACAGAGCAGAGGGCCUCCCUAAGAUGAACACCAGCAUCAUGGCCAAUGUGAAAAAGGCUUUCAUUGGAGAGAACAAGGACCUUGUGGACCCCUAUGUUCUAGUACAGUUUGCAGGCCAGAAGGGAAAAACAUCAGUCCAGAAGAGCAGCUAUGAGCCUAUAUGGAAUGAGCAGAUCAUCUUCACAGAAAUGUUCCCACCCCUCUGUAAACGCAUGAAAGUUCAGAUCCGAGACUCUGACAAGGUUAAUGAUGUUGCCAUAGGGACUCAUUUCAUUGACCUACGCAAGAUUUCAAAUGAUGGAGAUAAAGGAUUUUUACCUACACUUGGUCCAGCCUGGGUAAACAUGUAUGGCUCCACCCGCAAUUACACCCUGAUGGAUGAGCACCAGGACCUGAAUGAGGGGCUUGGGGAGGGUGUGUCCUUUAGGGCACGCCUUCUUCUCAGUGUUGCUGUGGAGAUCUUGGACAUCACCUCUGUUGAAAUAAUGAGCUCCACAGAAGUCCAGUUGGAGCCAGUCUCUAUGAUUUCAGAGAGUGCAACAGGAAAAGUGGAGGAAUUCUUCCUAUUUGGAGCCUUCUUAGAGGCCACUAUGAUUGACAGGAAGAUUGGAGAUAAACCCAUCAACUUUGAAGUUACUAUUGGCAACUAUGGUAAUGAGAUUGAUGGAGUGAGCAAAUCAGUGUCAAGGAGGAAGAAAAACCGAGAAGGUGGAGGGGAGGCUGAUGAAGAGGAAUCAGAGCUGAUCCAAAACUCCACUGAUGAAGAGGCUGAAGAUGAUGGCGAUCUGGUGUCCGUGUCCUCAAGCCCCCCUAUGAAACCCGUAAUUACUGACAGAAACUACUUUCACCUACCUUAUUUUGAGAAGAAGCCCUGCAUCUAUAUUAAAAGUUGGUGGCAGGACCAGAGGAGACGGCUCUACAAUUCAAACAUCAUGGACAAGAUAGCAGAUAAACUGGAAGAGGGUCUAAAUGAUGUUCAGGAGAUCAUAAAGACAGAGAAGCCUUAUCCAGAACGCAGACUGAGGGGUGUUCUGGAGGAGUUGAGCACUGGCUGCAGUCGAUUUGUCACACUGGCUAACAAAGACCAAAGCCAGGCAGGCAGAACCAAGCUAGAUCGGGAGAGGCUGAAGUCGUGCAUGAGAGAGAUGGAGAGCAUGAGCCAGCAGGCCAAGACACUUCGCUCCCAAGUGAAGAGGAACACAGUACGAGACAAGCUCAAGGCAGCUCUGAAUUUCCUGCACAGGCUCCGCUUCCUGGCCGAUGAGCCCCAGCACAGUAUUCCAGAUGUGUUUAUUUGGAUGAUGAGUAACAACAAGCGUAUAGCAUAUGCCCGCAUUCCUUCCAAAGACAUCCUGUACUCGAUCGUGGAUGAAGAGAUGGGUAAAGACUGUGGAAAAGUUAAAGCCUGCUUCCUUCGGUUGCCAGGAAAGAAGGGUUUCGGUCAGGCUGGGUGGACUGUUCAAGCUAAGCUGGAGAUGUACCUGUGGCUGGGCCUUAAUAAACAGAGGAAGGACUUCCUCAGUGGCCUGCCCAAUGGCUUUGAGGAGAAGAAAGCAAUGAAGAGCUCAGGGCUUCAGUCUGUGCCACCCAUCAGCCUCAUCUAUAACAUGAAGCAGGUAUUCCAGCUGAGGGCUCACAUGUACCAGGCCCGCAGCCUCUUUGCCGCUGACACCAGCGGCCUGUCUGAUCCUUUCGCCAGGGUCUUCUUUUCUACACACAGUCAGGUCACAGAGGUACUCAAUGAGACUCUUUGUCCUACAUGGGACCAGUUGCUGAUAUUUGAUAAUGUUGAGCUUUAUGGCGAGGUUAGCGAACUCCGUGAUGACCCUCCAAUCAUUGUCAUAGAAAUUUAUGACCAGGACACUGUGGGGAAAGCUGACUUCAUUGGCCGAACCUUUGCCAAGCCACUAACCAAGAUGGCCGACGAGCAUUAUGGCCCCCCGCGGUUCCCAGCCCAGCUGGAGUACUAUCAGAUAUACAGAGGCAACUGCACUGCCGGAGAGCUGCUGGCUGCAUUUGAGCUGCUGCAGAGCCCUUAUGACGGUGAGGAGAUCAGGAGGGCUCUUAUUGCUGUCCAUGACUUUGCUGUCCCUCAAAUCAAGAUUGGUCCAGCAGGAAAAACAGAACUUCCUCCCACUGACGGGCCAGCAGACUGUGACCGUGGACCUAUCAUGCCAGUGCCUCUGGGCAUACGGCCUGUUCUCAGCAGAUAUCGCAUAGAGGUUCUGUUCUGGGGCUUGAGGGAACUGAAGAGAAUUAACCUUGCCCAGGUGGACAGACCUCGGGUGGACAUUGAAUGUGCAGGCAAAGGAGUCCAAUCAGCCCUCAUUCAGAACUACAAAAAAAAUCCAAACUUCAACACUCUGGUGAAGUGGUUUGAAGUGGACCUGCCGGAGAAUGAGUUGCUCCACCCUCCUCUGAAUAUCCGAGUGGUGGACUGCAGAGCAUUUGGUCGCUACACCCUGGUUGGCUCACAUGCUGUGACCAGCCUACGUAAAUUUAUCUACAUACCCCCAAAGCAGGCCAAAGAUUGGGCCAAUGCAGCUAGGCUGGCCUAUGGCUAUAUGGCUCUUACCAAUGAGACAUCCCACUCCCACCUCUACUCCUGCCCCAUCUCUCACCCCUCAGGUGACAUCGUGGUCAACAUGGACCCUGACACCAACAUAAAGAAGAUGGAGACUGUUGUCAAACUGGAUGCUACAUCUGAUGCUGUUGUUAAAAUUGAUGUGAACGAGGAUGAAAAGAACAAAGAGAAAAAGAAGAAAAAGAAAAAGAAGGGUGAAGAAACAGAAGAUGAGGAGCCAGAUGAAAGCAUGCUGGACUGGUGGUCGAAGUAUUUUGCCUCCAUAGAGACCAUGAUGGAGAAUCUGCGAGCCCAGGAAGGGCUCUUUGCAGAGACAGAGGAGCGAGAGGAUCUGGAGAAUGCAGCAGAAGGCGCAGAGAUCAGACCUGAUGAGGCUCACAUGAAAGGCACCAAGACUAAAGAGAAGAGCAAAGCCAGGAGCUUCAAGGACAAGAAGAAGAGCCAAGGCAGUGAGGGGCCAGAGAAGAAAAUGCCAAAGUCCAAAGUGGAUGAACUUUUGGUGUACCAUAAGGAACUGGAGAGUGAGUUUGAUCACUUUGAAGACUGGCUUCACACCUUUAACCUGUACAGAGGAAAAGCAGGAGAUGAUGAUGACACCACAGUUGUGGACGAUGACAGGAUCGUUGGCCGAUUCAAAGGGUCACUGUGUAUGUACAAGAUACCACUAUCAGAGGAGUUCACCAGAGAAACUGGAUUUGAUCCUAAUAUGGGCAUGUUUCAGAGUAUACCACACAAUGAUCCAAUCAAUGUCCUCGUGAGGAUUUAUGUUGUCAGGGCAACAGACCUUCACCCUGCAGACAUAAAUGGGAAAGCUGACCCCUACAUUGUCAUCAAGCUGGGGAAAUCAGAGAUCAAGGACAAAGAAAACUAUAUCUCUAAGCAGCUGAAUCCUGUCUUUGGGAAGUCCUUUGACAUGGAGGCUACGUUUCCAAUGGACUCAAUGCUGACAGUGUCAGUGUAUGACUGGGAUUUAGUUGGCACUGAUGAUCUGAUUGGAGAGACUAAAGUGGAUUUGGAGAAUCGUUACUACAGUAAACACAGAGCCACCUGUGGCAUCGCGUUCAGCUACUCUCUGCAUGGUUAUAACAUGUGGCGUGAUCCACAAAAACCCACCCACAUACUUGCUAAACUGUGUAAGGAGGGCAAGGUGGAUGGGCCCCAUUAUGGGCCAGGUGGAAAGGUUAAGGUUUCAAACCGUGUCUUUCUGGGGCCAACAGAAAUUGAAGAUGAAAAUGGUUUUAAGAAACAGACAGAAGAACAUUUGGCUCUAACUGUGUUGAAGCACUGGGAGGAGAUUCCUCGAGUAGGCUGCAAACUUGUCCCAGAGCACGUCGAAACCAGACCUCUCCUCAACCCUGAUAAACCAGGCAUAGAGCAGGGACGAAUUGAGAUGUGGGUGGACAUGUUCCCAUUGGACGUACCUGCCCCAGGACCAGCCAUAGAUAUAUCACCACGUAAACCAAAGAGAUAUGAGCUCAGGGUGAUAAUAUGGAAUACUGACGAGGUAAUACUGGAAGACGAUGAUUACUUCACAGGGGAAAAGUCCAGUGACAUUUUUGUCAGGGGCUGGCUGAAAGGGCAACAGGAGGAUAAACAGGACACAGAUGUGCACUACCACUCUCUGACCGGGGAGGGCAACUUCAACUGGCGGUUUGUGUUUCCCUUCGACUAUCUCAUGGCUGAGGAGAAAAUUGUCAUCUCCAAGAGAGAGUCCUUGUUUUCCUGGGAUGAGACUGAGUACAAGAUCCCUGCACGCCUCACCCUCCAAGUAUGGGAUGCUGACCACUUCUCCGCCGAUGAUUUCUUGGGUGCAAUUGAGUUGGAUCUGAACCGGUUUCUUCGUGGGGCAAAAACAGCAAAGCAGUGCUCCAUUGACAUGGUGCUUAACGAACAGGAUCUGCCCACAAUAUCAAUCUUCAAACAGAAGAGGGUGAAGGGUUGGUGGCCUUUUGUGGCCCGAGAUGAGAAUGAUGAACUACAGCUUACGGGCAAAGUGGAGGCAGAGCUCCAUCUAAUGACAGCAGAGGAAGCAGAGAAAAAUCCUGUUGGCCUUGGAAGGAAUGAGCCAGACCCACUGGAGAAACCAAACCGGCCCGACACUACCUUCCUCUGGUUCCUGAGCCCACUGAAGGCCAUCCGCUACCUAGUGUGCAACCGCUAUAAAUGGCUCAUUAUCAAAAUAGUCCUGGCCCUGUUGCUGCUGAUCAUGGUGGGCCUCUUCCUCUACAGCAUGCCUGGCUAUCUGGUCAAGAAGCUACUGGGAGCCUGAGGGGGGUGCUCAAAUGGCUGAUACUGAAACAAAGGGAGAGAGGUCAUCUUAUUUAACUCCUCCUCCUCAGAAGAGUCUAUCUGCAAAGCUUGUUUUUCAUUUUUCAGAACUGAUGCUGCUUGAUGCGUUUUGUAAACAAUUUUCCUUUCGGGAAGGUUCACUAACCCACACUAUUGCAUACCUACCAUAUUUUUUCAAAUGUUUCACAUUCCUGAAUACUUUUCCAAUUCUUAAACUGUGCUUAUAUCUCAGUUAGACAUGUCUUUUUUUCUGGAUUUAUCUGUGUAAUACCAUUCAAUAAGAGGUGAAGAAAUAAAUUCGAUCUUUAAUACAUUAUUACAAUAUUGUAUGACCUGUUUGAGAUCCCAUCUUUAUUGUUAAUGUACAAACCUGAAUGCAGUUGAUUUGCAUGCAACAAUGUCUUUAAACAAAGUUAUCAUAAACUUUAAAUAGAACAUGCUAAAAAUAAAGUUGCAAGCUUUUCAUGUACAUGAGAAUUUGAUGUUUUAAUUACGUUGAUGAUUGCAUUUUCAUUCUAUAUCCUCUAGUAUGUUGAGGGAGUGAGGAGAGGUGGCAAAUUCUUCUUCCAGCAUCUAGAAUUUUAACACAUUUGUAUAUUUAUCUCCUUCUUAGUGUACUUUGUUUGCUGUGCCCAACUCUACACUGUAGUUUUGUACUUGCUUGCUUUUUUUCCAUAAGAAAUUUGUGUUUUGUGUGACGUCUACUGACCAACAAAUUUGAUAACUAACUUGAUUGCACUGAAUCCAAUUUAUUUAUAUCAUAGGGGGUGUAUUUAUAAUUCUUGUUUACCAGUAUGAAGCAUUUAGGUAUUGAUUGAUUUAUUUUUGUCUGUAUGAAGACUGAAUAAACUCGUUAAAAAUAAAGACACUUGCAUGU